UUGUUAAACGUUCUAAGAUUAAGUGAAUAAUAUUUUCGCAUUUAAUUUAGCUUAAUAAAUAAUGUCGCAUAAUAAAUAUUCUUGCGGAUUUGAGGAGUUUUACUCUAAGGAUCGCAAUUUAUGGAAAUCCGCAAUAGCGGAGUUUUUCGGAAGUUUACUUUUGAAUAUUUUUGCUGGUGCUGCUUUUGCUCAAGGAGAAGAUAUCAUAUUUAAAGCAUUUUCCAGUGGUUUGGGAAUAUAUAUUGUGAACGUUAUAAUAGGUAAACUAAGCGGGGGUCACAUUAAUCCGGCCGUAACUGUAGCCAUGUUAAUAUCUCGUCGGAUCACGAUUGCAAGAGCCUUGCUUUACAUAAUUAGUCAAUGUUGUGGAUCUAUACUUGGCAUAUUUAUGAUUAAAUAUCUUUUGGAUGAUAUUUAUCAUUAUAACUGGCAUAGUUAUGAAUUGAAUGAAAAUAUUUCGGCCCUUCAAGGUUUAGCUAUGGAAUUUGUUUUGGGUUUUUCCUUGCUGUUGACUAUAUUUGCUGCCUAUGAUAUUAACACCCGAAAUAUGCACUGCGUAAAUUGUUUGGCCAUUGGCUUAUGUGUUACAUUAGGUCAUCUGACGUUUGGGCGUUAUACUGGAGCCGGCAUGAAUCCAGCGAAUGUUUUGUCUGUAGCUGCAAUAUUCGGUAAUUGGAAUUUUCACUGGAUUUAUUGGCUUGGCCCAAUCUUUGGAGGAAUUAUGGCUGCUGUGAUUUACAUACAAAUAUUGGAAAUCCCGCUUCAACCAGCCAAAGUUAUAGAAGCUGCAGAUAAAUAUCGUUUUCAUGUGUUUGAGCGUGAAAUGUUAAAAAUGAAGUCUAAUGAAAAUUGUGCUUAAAAAUUGUAUUAUGUUGUUUUGUAGUUGUAUA